AUGGCCUGUCUAUUGGGGUUUAUGGAAGGCAGCUAUAAGCUUAUGAACAUCAAAGGACUCUUUGUCGGCACCAAGACGCUCUCUCGCCAAAACGCCCUUGAUAAGCAUAUCGAGUCUAUCCUGACACCGAAAAACCAUGCAGAAACAUCUCAUGGCAUCAAGCAAGACGCUCCAGUGUCUGGGUUCGAUCAGGCGACUACUCUCGCGUCUAAGACAAACAAGACCAUCGACACGAUCAUCUCCAUCGGAGGGGGCUCGCUAAUCGAUGCAGGCAAGAUCAUCUCGCAUCGCCACCAUACUAGGCACAACAAGUACCUUACGCACAUUAACAUUCCAGCGACUUUCUCUGUUGCGCAGUGCACCGUCAUGGCUGGCUUCACGACGGAGCUAGGACUGAAGCAAGGGAUCAACGACCCGAAUGUUGCGGCCAGCUACAUCAUGCCUGACUUUGGCACGAGUCGUCAAGCUCAAAGCGAAAUGGAGCUCGCUUGA